AUGGCUAACUGUUUGUACGAGUGUUUACGGGAAGCCAAGCUGCAGAAGUACUACCCUAACUUUGAAAUGGGCGGAAUCACGCGAUCUGAGGGUCUGACGAAUCUGACAAUGCAAGAAUACUCCACCUACGGCAUUGAUGACAUGGAGGAUAGAAAAAGGCUAUUCCAACUCAUACAAAUUAUAAAAAGUGUUCAAAGAAACGGUAAGAAAUGUGGCCGAGCUUGUGAAAAUGGCGGUGAAGACAGUACAACACGUCCAUCUUCAAACCACGCAACCUCUGAAACAGAAUCUGCGUCUGAAGAUUUACAUCAAAUGCAUGUAAACAGCUCCCGUGACAAUCAAUCUAUUCAUUCAUCAGUUUUGAAUAAUGUCUCCCUUGCCAAGAGAAUUCUGAUAGCGAACAAUAACAUACGUAUGACGACUGUAGACAAGCUAGCGUAUAAAGGAGAUGCUUUCUUUGUUCAAGCUAAGGAUCCCACUCCAGCAAGAAAACAAUCAAAACCCAGACAGCAGCGGUCUGAGCCGGUGAUUCAACAUGAAACUAGCAUCCAGUACACAGGACCAAAACUACGAGAGAGAUCAGUGGAAGUAAUCAGUCACACCGGCACUGACUACAACUAUGGUGUUCCCAGUGCAAGAAUAAACACUCAUGGUAAUAACUUAUCUUCUCCAAGAUACACCGUGCCGACAAAUAGUUCAAUAACAUGCCAUAGCUAUAUUUAUAAUAACACUUCUACUAGUAUGCCAUUAGACCGAAUAAAAGUUUGCGUCCGAAAGAGGCCAUUGAGUAAAAAGGAAAAAAGAAAUAAAGAGGCUGAUAUUAUCUCUGUUGGACAUCCCAAUAAAGUAGUGUUAAAUGGACAGAAGACUGCUGUAGAUCUUACAAAAUUUACACAACUGCAUGAAUUUUAUUUCGAUGAUGUCUUUGGGGAAAAUGAAACAAAUGAACAAAUCUACGAGAGAACCGCCAAGCCUUUACUCAACUGUGUCUUCAGAGGUGGUAAAGCUACAUGCUUUGCGUAUGGUCAGACUGGUGCUGGUAAAACCCAUACAAUGCUUGGUAACGGUAAAGUUCAGGGACUUUAUCUCUUAGCAGCUAAGGAUAUAUUUUCACUUUUACAUUCCGGUUAUCAUGGGCAUAACUUAUCAGUUUGGAUCAGCUAUUUUGAAAUCUAUUGUGGACAGUUAUUUGAUUUACUCAACGGCAGAAAAAGGUUACAUGCCAGGGAGGAUGGUAAACAUAACGUAUGUAUUGCUGGUAUAAAAGAAUUCCAAAUUAACCAUGUUGCUGCUUUAAUGCAAAUAAUUGAUUUUGGUAAUCAAGCCCGGAGUACUGGUUGUUCCGGGGUGAAUUCUGACUCAUCAAGGUCCCACGCUAUACUGCAAAUACAACUCAAAGAUUGUGGUGGUAAAAGAAAACUUGGAAGGUUUUCCUUCAUCGACUUGGCUGGCAGUGAAAGAGCCCAAGACACUAAUGAUCCUGAUAGAAUAACUAGAAUAGAAGGUGCUGAAAUUAACACCAGUCUUCUCGCUCUAAAAGAGUGUAUCCGUGCCAUAGAUCAAGAACAGAGACAUACUCCGUUUCGACAGAGUAAACUAACCCAAGUGUUAAAAGAUUCAUUCCUGGGUAAUUCUCGUACCUGUAUGAUUGCCAACAUCUCACCAAACACCAAUGCCAGUGAACACACUUUAAAUACACUUAGAUAUGCUAAUAGAGUGAAGGAACUUAAGAAAGACUCAUUAAAUCAGCUCUCUAGUCCAAAUACUGCAAGCAGUUUACCGAGAACUCCUUCUAUAUUUACUCCAACAAAUACAUCCACUCCAAAACGAAAGGUCAGACCAGCUGCUCUGUCUCAGCAGUCAGUUCCCAGAUGUGAUCUGAGUACGAGGUUAGCAUCAACUGCAGCUUACAAACCAGUAACGCCUAAGGAGAUUAAGACUCCAAAGAAGAAAGGUUCUAAUCCAGAAGAACAUAGUCAUCAAACUUAUGGUACGAUCGGUACAUCCAGGAUAAGUCUUGCACUGGACACAGACAGGAGUGCAUUUACCCAGGUAUCAGGGUCAGGUGCUGAUUAUUUCAAUACACAGCUGUUAUCACAAAAUCCAGCCCAAGCAACUUGGGAAAUUGACAACCCAAGAUUUGUUACCAGUGCUGGAAAGUUAGAUAAAUCUCCACCCAGUCCUCCAAGAAGCAAAUCAGCUACAAGACUAAGUGUUGAUGAUUUGAAAUCAGAUAGUGCUCUAAGAAAGUCUAAAGAGUUCUGGGUUCAGCGUAAUGACUCCAGCAGUGUCAAGAGCCUCUUGAUGGACUCUCCUGAAGACAGUGAAGGAGAAUUAGGUGGCGAGACUACAAAGGAGAACCAGAGUUUUGAAACUGAUAGCACUGGUGAGAUUAUCAGAGAACUUGAUCAGAUUCUUGAGCAGUCUUGGAUCAAGAACAGCAGUAGUGAUAACACAACCUUACAUCAGGCCGAAGAACCAUACCAAGUAUCACCAGCGACUGGAAAAAGUCUGGGAUCGUCACAGAGAAAAGAACAACAAGACCAACCAGUUUGUGAUCUGAGGAAUCCAGAAAAGCCAGAUAUCGAAGACAGACCUGGUAGAGGAUUUGAUGCAAUGAGUGUCGACUCACUACAAGACAGUUCACUAAAUGAAGACAACAAGCUAAGUGAUCCUGGCAAAGUUACUAAGAAGUCUCGUAAAAGAUGGACCACUGAUUUGAAAACUAGUCGCAACAUGGUAGAAGAUCAUGAUUUACCAUCGCCAAAAGACUUUCUGAAGAGUCUUAAAGAAGCAAAACGAGGCGGGAAGCAACAAGAAGCAUCAAAAAAGACCUCACCAAGUGGUGUUAUUGUCACAACUAAUUUCCAGGAAUGCUUUUUGCAAAACAAGGCCAAAUGUACAGCUGAAAGUAAAAAUACUAUUGACACUCCACUUUCAGCAAGAAGUGACACAAGUCAGACUGCCAAAGCUGUGUAUCAACCAAGUGUGCCACAAGACUCUCAAAGUGUAUCUCAAACAUCUUUGUUCCAACCAGCUCAUAUUCCUAAGCCCUGUAGCCCAGAAAACAAAGUUACAACUACUAGCCUAAUCACUGCAGCUGCUGAACAAACAACUGAGGAGAUACCCCCCUUCAUUAUCACAACAACCACAGUUACUACAGUAACUACAACAGUUGCUACCUCUUCUAUGAGAAGCCCAGAUGCAAAGCAUGGUGUUCAGUUGACUGAGUCUGAUCAUCAACCAUCACCACCAAAGACAAGCCCUUCAAAUAUCAUAAGACUCAGUCCUAAAACAGAUCCCUACAUUGCUUCAUCUACUGGUGCUACUGCUAUGGAUAAAAGUAUUCAAAAAACACUGUUGCCAAGCAACACCAUGGAGAUUAAACCUGAUUCACAAAAAAAUGAUGUUCUUUCAAAUUCAAGAAGUCCCAGUCAAUCUUCUGUAAUGAGUGAUCUUACAGAUAUAUCAUCACCAGCUGGAUCAGAAGUUCUUUCAUUCUCUAGUACGUCAGCGUUCACGCCAGUACAGCCCAAACCUAAACCUCCAUCAAAUAGCAUGGGUGAACCAAUACCAAAGACAAAGCCCAGCAGAAGCCACCUUAAUGUCAUUCCAGUUGUCAACACCAAAGUGAUUUCUGUAACUUGUGAUGAUGAGAGUGCCUAUUUUACACCAGUUAGAAAGGAAUGCCUAGCUACACACAGUGGUUCACAGAUGGCUUCUACACACAGUGGUUCACCGGCGGCUUAUACACACAGUGGUUCACAGAUGGCUUAUACACACAGUGGUUCACAGGUGGCUUAUACACACAGUGGUUCACAAAUGGCAUCUACACACAGUGGUUCACAGGCGGCUUAUACACACAGUGGUUCUCACAUGGCUUCUGCACACAGUGGUUCACGAAUGGCUUCUACAAGCAGUGGUUCACAGGCGGCUUCUACACACAGUGGUUCACGAUUGGCUUCUGCACACAGUGGUUCACGAAUGGCUUCUACAAGCAGUGGUUCACAAGUGGCUUCUACAAGCAGUGGUUCACAGACGGCUUCUGCACACAGUGGUUCACAGGUGGCUUAUACACACAGUGGUUCACAGAUGGCUUCUGCACACAGUGGUUCACAGUUAGCUUUGGCACACAGUAGUUCACAGCUGGCACCUACAAACAGUGGUUCACAGUUGGCUUCUACACACAGUGGUUCACAGUUGGCUUCUGCACACAGUGGUUCACAGGUGGCAUCUACAAACAGUGGUUCACAGGUGGCUUCUACACACAGUAGUUCACAAUUGGCUUUGGCACAUAGUGGUUCACAGGUGGCUUCUAGGGGCAGUCAUACAACAUACAUUAAUGGUAGUGGUGAUGCCCCUCAGUACCCAGCAACACCAAAGAACAAAUCAUCAUUUAUCGGACAUUAUUCAGAAUCGGCCAUUAAAAAGUCACAAGAUUUAAUGAUGUCAGCACAUGAAGAGCAAAUUAUUGAGAUGGGUGAACUUAAUGAUAAAGAAUUACAACUUGUAGAGAAAGUCAAGACUGGUGACCAGGAUUUUGGUGACUUUGUGAUGAGACUUGAUGAAGUGCUGUACAAUAAGAUGAGAUGUAUUGAAACUCUGCGAUCACAGUUAGAAACGUUUAUUCUGUGUGCAAGUCCAGAGAAAAACCCCACAUUCACACCUGAAACAGGAAGCCAGCAUUGA